GUUUUAGAAUGAUUACUGGUGGCCAGAGGAGAGGCAGAUUAUACGGCUCUACACAACUGUUGUUUUAAUCCCCUGGGCGAAGAGAUUUAGCAAAGAAAAAACACUGGCUUUAAACCCAGCAGCCAUAUUGUAUGGAAAAACGACGGAAAGACUCCUGUUGUCAGAGAAAGUCUUUUUCUCACACACCUCUCUCAAGAGUUUUGUGGAGUUUAGUUUUCUUCCUUCCUGGCGGUUGGUUUGUGUUGGACAGCUAGCUUACCAGCUGGCUGAGGAAUUCACACACUUGGACUCGUUUCUGAGAAAAUUUUCACCAUAUAGUGGUCAUUUCUGUGGUUGAAACGGUGUGUAUUGACAGUUUGAAAAAUGAAGGACCGAUUGGAGCAACUAAAAGCGACGUGUGAUCAAGAUGACGAUGAGGUGGAGAUCGCUGUGGACAAUGCAGCCUUCAUGGAUGAGUUUUUCUCUCAGAUUGAGGACAUCAGGAACAGUAUUGACAAAAUUGAUGAAAAUGUGGCUGAAGUAAAAAAGCUUUACUCUGUCAUCCUUUCAGCUCCCACAUCAGAUCAGAAAACACAGGAUGACUUGGAAGCAAUCACCAAUGACAUAAAGAAGAUGGCCAAUAAUGCAAGAAACAAACUCAAGACCAUCGAGAGGAAUCUGGAGUCAGAAGAGCAGGAGAGGAUCUCAGCUGACAUGCGGAUACGUAAAUCACAGCAUGCAGUACUGUCCAGGAAAUUUGUGGAGGUAAUGACAAAGUACAAUGAAGCUCAGGUGGACUUCAGGGAGAGGAGUAAAGGACGUAUUCAGAGACAGCUAGAGAUCACUGGAAAAGCAACAACAGAUGAAGAACUGGAGGAGAUGUUGGAGAGUGGAAAUGCUGCUGUGUUCACAGCAGGGAUUGUAGACUCUGGGAUCUCUAAACAAGCCCUGAGUGAGAUUGAAGCGAGACACAAGGACAUUGUCCGUCUGGAAAGCAGCAUCAAGGAGUUGCACGAUAUGUUUGUAGACAUCGCCAUGCUGGUGGAGAGCCAGGGUGACAUUGUAGACAACAUAGAGCAAAAUGUAUCGAAGUCAGUGGACCACAUAAUAGAGGCUAAGGAACAAACCAAAAAAGCUGUAAGGUACCAGACCAAAGCACGCAAGGUACUGUACUUCAGCCAAAUGAUUUACCAGUUUGCUUGUUACUUCUUCCUGUUUUCUACCCAUUUUUCAGACACAAACACACUCUUUUUUACUGUUUGACACAUUUAAACCACACUGUAUGUGUACCCGUCACACUCCCACAGACUUGGUGCUAGUCCUGCAUUAUUGUAACCUUCCAUUUGCUUCGCUCUGACUUUGCCCCUACGUACUUCUGAAAACAGUUUCUUCAUAUGUUGUUUUUCAUCAACUUUGGCACUGUACCCUGUGAUAGGGUGGGAUGAUUGACAGGAUUGAAAGCAACAUGGACCAAUCAGUGGGCUUUGUGGAGCGGGCCGUAGCGGACACUAAGAAAGCUGCAAAAUUUCAGCAAGAGGCUCGACGUGUGAGUGACUGAUGUCAAACAGUUGUCAGCUGGUUUCCCAAAAGCACAAAAAUUCUUUGUCUGAUUACAAUCAAGUGGCAGCAGUGACUUAAAAUAAAUUCACAAAGCUUUAUUGCUUUAACAGGCAGCUUCAGGAAUUGAGGAAUUGGGAAUCAGAGGACUUGCCUCCCAUUUUUGGGGAUUGUCACUGUUUGUGCUCUGCAAGUGGGAAAAUAGUACUUUCUGCCAUCGCUGUUUUGAAAUAAAUUAUGUUCUAGAUUUAAUUAGAUUAGUCUUUGGUUUCAUUUCUUAUUGAAUAUAGAAUAUAUUUCUAUCUCUAAAGAGUGUCUGAUGCAAGGUGCUAAUUAAAUUGAUAAGCUACAUUUUUUAUGUAUGUUUUUUCAGUUCCUUUAUGGCUUUAAAAUAACUUUGACUAAUUUCCCCUUCGUCUGACUGAACUGGUAAACUGUGAUUAUGUAAAGUGAUUAGAAAUCAUUUGUUUAAUUUGUUUAUUGAAACUAAUUUAGAUAACCUUUGCUGUUUCUCACUAACUUAUGUCAACAGCAAAUUUUUGCUUAACUGUUUAAUUGUUACUAUAUAUGCAAAUAUAUAUACAUAUAUACACACACACACUCUAUAUCAUAUAGUAUAAAGUGUAUAUAUAUUUGAUCAAAAAAAUAAAUGUAUAUUUAAUAAUUACUAUAAGCAGAACUGGUGACACCUCCAGGGUGUAUCUCACCUUUGCCUAUUGGUAGCUGGGAUAGAUUCCAACACCCCCACAACCCUCCAGAGGACUACGUGGCUUGGAAAAUGAAUGAAUGAAUGAAUGAAUUGACAUAAACAACAAUAAUAUUUAUGAUUAUUUUCUUUAAUCCCAGAAGAAAGUAGUAUUUUCACACAAUCAGAACAAAAUGGGUAUCUGGUCUGAGCCGGAUAGUGACAAGGAUUUUGUGGUUUAUGUGUGCUUUUACCCAUAAGCCUCUCUGUCUGACAUAGGACAGACAUUGUUGCUCACGGCAGAAAUUGAGUUACUUUAAAUAACACAGAUGUGGUUAAAGUAUCACUUGAAACACUUUUGGGAAAUCCACCUGACAACCUAAAGACCAUCCUGAAUGUCACCUUGACCCUUACCCUGUGAUGACCCUGACUUCCACCCUGUGAUCCCUGGACUACUGUGCUUGUGACCCACCCACCAACAAGAAGCUGAACAAACCUCCCCCCACCUCCCACUUCAACACAAUGACACACACACACACACACACACCUCUCCCACACGCUCUUUUCUUUGUCCUUUAUUUUCUUUUGUGCUUUAACCUCAAACUCGUCCUUGUUUACAGCUGACCCAUGAUGGUUUUCUUUUUUUAGCAGCAUCUGGAGACACUGCUGGGUGAUUUUUAGCUGAUUUCUGUAUGUGCCUAAAUACAUGUUGAUGGAAUAUAUUAAUGCAUUGUCAACAGAAGUCAUUUACCAAACUUCACCUGACAGAUAUGUUUGUCAUGCUUGUUUCUAGUGUUACUAUAUGAUGUUUUAUGUAUUCUGUCAUAGAAAAUAUGUAUGCAGUAGAAGUAUCUGUGAGGACAGGGCCAUAUACAGUUUAUAGAAUGUACUCAAUGAAGGCCUGGCUGAUAUGGAGGAAAAUGUUCAUCCCAGACAAUAUCACUUGUAAUGAUAAAUGUAAAAUUGUUCAUUCCUUCAGGUUUAAAGGCUUAUGCUGAGUGAAAGGUGAAGAAGCCAGAAGUUUUUUGUUCAUAAUAUAGUUUUUCACCAUGAUAAGAGUAUAUGCAAGAGCAAAAUAAAAAGUAAAACAAAAGGUUUCUUAUGGGUUCUAGGUGGUAAUGUAAACAAAAAAUACAUUUUAAAGAUAAAAAUGUAUAUUGUGAUAUUAAAAUUUUAUCAUAAUAAUUGCUAUAGUUUUAUUGGCCAACCCUGACUCAGUGUAUAUAAAAUAAUACAUGAUAAAAUAUAUAUGUAUAUGACAUAUGAAGUGUUACUUCAAUUUGUGUUUACAUGUUUGUAAUCUUUUAUUAUUUUAUACCAUUUUUAUAUAUAACAGUAAGUUUGGUAUUUUGUUUUGUUAACAUUAUAUUCUUUAACUGAGGCCUAACUUUACCUUUUAUUCUAUUCAUUUGUCAUGUUGGUCAGCUUUUGUUUUGUUAAAUGAAAGUAUUUUGCGACACCUCAUAUGCCUUACAUCUUAAUUUUCUACUUCAGAAAAAGUAGUGCCAUUCACCCAAAAUAUAUAGAUUAUUUUUGGUCCAUAUUGACCAACUUAUUAUUGUACAGUAAUUGUUACUUAAAUGCAUAAAUGUUUUCCACUACAGGAUGCAGUUGUUGUUUCCACUGAGAAUGGUCCUGACAAUGGUGCUUGUAUGUACUUGGUUAUUUCCAACAGAAAAUGGUGAUAAUAGUGGUGAUAGUCGUGGUCUUGCUGGCCAUAAUAGCGCUCGUAAUCGGGUUGUCAGUGGGACUGAAGAAAAGCUGAUGAACUAUUUGAGUAAGAUGGUGAGUAACCCUGGAGUAAAUAACCUCCUCGCUGCUAUAAUGGGUGUGGGUUUGAGACAUGCUUUGGAAAAAGCUUUUCACGCUCUCUGCAUCAGGCUUUAUGUGUGAGUUUCUAUUGUCCUUCGCCACAGGGUUUAACCUGAGGUGUGUUUGUGCGUAUUUGUAGUUCUUGGGUGUGUGUUUUCUUUUGCAGCACUUGCCUCUGGUUACUGCAGUGCAAACAAAGUAGCGCUGGCGGCAAACUACUUUGAGCUGGUGUUGGGUCUGGUGUGGGUUCAUUUCAGUGCUCAUGUGUCCCGCUGUUAAUCCUGUCCUGUCUUUGUCUCCGUUUAUCUCCCUCUCUGUAGAAAUUGAUCUGUAUCGGCGUCAUCUGCAUUGUGGUUGUUGUCGUCAUCCUCGCCAUAGUCCUCUCCUCAGUACUAUAGAAGGACCUCCUCCUUGCCUGUUCAUCAUUCACUCCAUAUAACCCUCCAUCAGCUCACCCAGUAAUGAAAAGACUCUGCCAUGCUAACAUUUCAUAGAUGGGAGAUCACUAUUUAAAAAUAUCUGACCUGCCACCUUGUGCCUUGAAUUGCUUUACCAAUCUGAUGAGAAACAUCUUAUGGGACGAGUUUUGACUCCAUCAGAUGCUUUGGACAGUGUGAGGAUACUUUGCUGAAAUGAGACUGAAACUGACAUGAGGUUUAUCAUCUAUUGUAUCUCAGAGGAAGAGAAAAGGGAAUUGGGAAAAAGAUACACAGCCCCUGAGUGUCACUAAACAUUUCAGUGGUCAACAUUUUGUGCCAAAGAAUCAAGUGGUGAAAUGUUUUCUUUUUAGCUGAAAUUUUCUAUAAUGUCCAGCACUUUGGACCCACUCCUAGCAGAAACUCCUCACCCCUUUUACUGUUAUUUUGUCUAAUAUGAUCAAGAAUGCUAGCUAUGUUCACUGUACUGUGAAUUUGUCAGUUUUUUGAGGAGUUCCAGCACUUUCACAUUUCAGUAUGUCUUAACCUCUAUAAUUAAGCUCAAAUGAUCUUGUAAAUAAGAGAAUUACUGUAUGUUUGUAUACUGUUUAUAUUUAGCCCUGUUUUUGUUCAACUUGAAGAGGAUCGGUGUGCUCACCUAUGAUUCUUCAAUGUAUUUAAAUAUGAGGGAUUUUGCCCUUAGAAACGUGGACUGAUGAGGCUAAGAUGAGCAGACAAGCCAAAAUCCAGUUUAGAUAGAUACAUAGACCUACAUGCUUGAAUAUUGCAAGAAUUACUUUGAAACUUGUGUAGUAGCUUUGCUGAAGUACAGUGUUAGCCAGGUCGACCCUUAACUUAAAGACAUUCCUGUCUCAUUUGUUAAACCCAUGUUUUAAUACCUAGGGGUAUAAAGAGACUCGUAACACUAGUGAGUUUUUGCCAAAAGUGCCUGAAUAGUUUGUGUAUUUAUUAUACUCUCUGAUUCCUCACAUGACAAGUUUGUAAUAAAGUUACGCAAACAGGAUGCAAGUAGAAAUCUAAGAUCUUAAGGGUGCUGGUGGUUCUUGUCGAGAGUGCAGUUCAUAUCCUGACAUUUCCUGGUCUACUGGAAACAUUUGAUUGUUUACCUACGGGGUGGAUUAUAUGAUUAUUAACAUUAUAUAAGGUUAAUAAUCUGCUUGCAUUUUGCGAAUGUGGGACAUAUAGUAAAUUAGUUAACAGCACUGUUAAAUCUCAAGAUUAACUGAUAGCAGACACUGCAGCAGAGCCACCACCACUGUGAGAAGCCUUUGUUGAAAGCCUGAAUGGUUCCUUUAAAUCUAUUUGUCCAGGAAUCUCUUAAGAGUACGGUGUUUAGUCCAAGCUGUCUGCUCUUUUGACUUCAGCUGUUCCAUUCAAACACUUGUAUUCAAGCCUUAUUUCUUGUACCAUCAGUAAGGUCUGCAGUAACAAAGUACCAGUGAUUUCAAUGAAAAAUAAAGAUUUUAUGUUUUUUAUUACUCGCCUUCUGUCCUGUGCUUAUGUGCUCUGUGUGAGUAAAGUGAAUGUAUAACUGACUUUUUAAAUGUUUUUGAUGACUGUGGUUUUUGGUGGAGCUGUGUGGAUGUUUUUAUGGGACGUCGUCAGCAGGAUGGUGACUGUUGAUACUUCAUGUUAACCACUGUGUUGCAAAGUACAGGUUUUAAAGACUAAUUAUCUGUCAAACUGAGGUAAGUUGCUGUUUUUUUUCUCUCUCAACACACAAACACCAUAACUUCCCUGGUCCUUUGUUCCUCUUUUUUGCCUAAUGGUUUCCUCAAACUCCUGUGUUCUCAAACAUGAGUGUAUAUUGUGUGUGUUUGGACUUGAAUCUACUGACUAUUAUGACUUGAUAACUGUUUGUUCUCUACUAAACCUGCAGAAAAAGAUGAUGAUUACAUUGUGCUGUGCCAUCAUUGGGAUUGUUGGGUUCUCCUAUCUCUACAGCUUCUUCUCAUAAAAAGUUUAACAAAGAUGAACUUCUUGAAGAUAAAUGCAUGAAGUGCUCCCUUAUUUAUACCCUGACCAUUAUUUUAAUCUGUUUUAAAAAACAAAAUGACAAAAAAAAAGAUGAACCAUACCUCAUUCCCUUUCCCUCCCAUUUAUUAAUCAUUUGAGUUAAAUUAUUUUCUUGCUGUAUGAAGUGUUUGAACGUGGUAGAAAUGUGUAGAUCGCUCUCAGUUUCUGCAAAGUCUGUUGAAACAGAUUGUUCAACAUGUGACAUUUAAUCAUUUUUGACCACCCUGGAUGACUUUAGCGGCUCCUGGUGGCAAAGAGAGAGGACAUUUUUUUUUUUUUUUUUUUUAAUAUAUUUUAAUUAAUCAGAAAAAAAAUAUUUAUAAGGAUUCUUAAAAUGUCAAGUAAGUGCAUUAAGGUGACUUUUGUGCACCCAAGCAACAAAAAGUCCACUUAUGCAUUCAAACAUAGGUGUGGUUCGGUCUUAAAUAUCCUUUAAGUAAAUUGUAUGUUUUCUGAUUUGUGUGUUAUAGAUUUAAUAAAUGGUGAGGUUUUUGUGGUGUGUGAUCUGUCUGUAUGCAUCUGCUGAAAUGCUUGUAUUGAUGGUGUUUUCUGUAUCAGCGGCUGUCACUCGCUCACUGGCCGUGUGUCAACCCAGUAAAGCCUGUUAUGUAAUAAAAGAUUUCUGUGCGUUGUACCAAG